UGACGCUCCUUUGACUCAUUUUUGUUCAGCGGACCGUCGACCAGCAGCAGAGGGGAGAGAGGAUUGGAGACAUACAGAAUAAUCUCUGAAACGAAGGGAAAAAACACAGAUUUGGAUUGAUUUCUAAAAAAGAUUCCGCUCGUUUUCAUAAGGUUUGCUCCAUCAUUGUUGCUUUGAUAACAGGACACAAGGAUGGCAAUGCAAAUGGGUGAGAUGGAAAGAGGAUCUGUGAAGGUGGCAGAGUGGCAGCAGACAAUGUACGGCCUCGACUCUGGCAUCCAGUCUGGAGCCACCACAGUCAGAGAUGAUGACGGCGAGUUCACCACCACCAAGCAUUACACCAUGACCACCACUGUCACAUCAGAGGAGCCCGGUCUGGAUGCUCAGUUCGCGAUGACCAGAGCCCAGAGGGUGAGAGCUGCAAUGUUCCCAGAGACACUAGAGGCUGGCACCACCAUCCUGUCAACUCAGACGGACCCGUCCCAGAUGACCAACGUCCAGUGGCUGGCCGAGCCCUCUCAGAUGCUGAAGACGGCCAUCAUUCAUCUGAUCAACUACCAGGAUGAUGCCGAGCUGGCAACACGCGCCGUGCCUGAGCUCACCAAACUGCUGAACGAUGAAGACCAGGUGGUGGUCAGCAAGGCAGCACAGAUCGUCAACCAGCUCACGCGUAAGGAGGCCUCACGGCAUGCACUGAUGCAAUCCCCUCAGAUGGUGGCAGCGGUGGUCCGGGCCAUGCAAAACACCAGUGACAUGGAGACGGCACGGGCCACAGCCAGCAUCCUCCACAACUUGUCCCACCACAGAGAAGGCCUGCUCUCCAUCUUCAAGUCAGGAGGGAUUCCCGCACUCGUCCGUAUGCUCAGCUCUCCUAUGGAGUCUGUGCUCUUCUAUGCCAUCACCACGCUCCACAACCUGCUGCUGCACCAAGAGGGAGCCAAGAUGGCCGUCCGUCUGGCAGAUGGACUGCAGAGGAUGGUUCCCCUGCUGAAGAAGAGCAACCCCAAGUUCUUGGCCAUCACAACAGACUGUUUGCAGCUGCUGUCAUAUGGCAACCAGGAGAGCAAGCUCAUCAUCCUUGCCAAUGGGGGUCCUGAGGGUCUAGUCCACAUCAUGAGAAACUACAACUAUGAGAAGCUGCUGUGGACCACAAGCCGUGUGUUGAAAGUCCUUUCUGUGUGUCCCAGCAACAAACCGGCCAUUGUGGAGGCUGGUGGGAUGCAGGCUCUGGGUAAACACCUGACUGGCUCCAGCCCUCGUCUGGUGCAGAACUGCCUCUGGACACUCAGGAACCUGUCUGAUGCUGCCACAAAGCAGGAGGGAAUGGACAGCCUGCUGCAGGUCCUAGUGGGGCUCCUCAGUUCCGAUGACCUUAACAUGCUCACCUGUGCCACAGGCAUCCUGUCGAACCUCACGUGCAACAAUGCUCACAAUAAAACUCUGGUCACCCAAAACAACGGCGUUGAAGCGCUGAUCCAUGCCAUACUGCGCGCCGGGGAGAAGGAGGAUGUGACCGAGCCUGCUGUUUGUGCUUUGCGGCAUCUGACUUCACGGCACCAGCAGGCUGAGGUGACACAGAAUGCUGUGAGGAGUCAUUACGGCAUCCCUGCCAUCAUCAAGCUGCUCAACCAGCCUCACUACUGGCCAGUCAUCAAGGCUGCAGUCGGCCUCGUUCGUAAUCUGGCCUUGUGCCCGGAGAACCAGCUCCCUCUGAGAGAGGCAGGAGCCAUACCCCGUCUGGUCAACUUGCUGCUCAAAGCCCACCAGGAUGCCCAGAAACACGGCUCAUCCAACCAGCAGACAUACCAGGAUGGAGUGAGGAUGGAGGAGAUUGUAGAGGGCUGCACAGGAGCACUACAUAUCCUGGCCAGAGAUCCCACCAACAGAGUAGAGAUCGCCAACCUACAGACCAUUCCUCUGUUUGUCCAGCUUCUCUACUCUCCUGUGGACAACGUGAAGCGUGUGGCAGCCGGCGUCCUGUGUGAGCUGGCCCAGGACAAAGCAGCGGCUGAAAUGAUCGACAGUGAGGGAGCAUCAGCCCCACUGAUGGAGCUGCUGCACUCCAACAACGAGGGCAUCGCUACUUACGCUGCAGCUGUGCUCUUCCGCAUCUCUGAGGAUAAGAACUCGGACUAUAAGAAGCGAGUGUCAGUGGAGCUCACACACUCUCUCUUUAAACAUGAUCCUGCUGCCUGGGAGAUGGCCCACAACAGUGUCCCCAUGGAUGGACCGUAUGCAGAUGAGCUGGAUGGUACUUUCCCGCCCUAUGGAGUAUACCCAGAUGGCAUGGACGGUAUGGAUGGAAACAUGAUGCAUGACGAUUACCCGCCUACCAUGGGUUUCGACAGACAGUACCCUGAACAAUAUUAACGAGGACAAAAAGGAAGAGGAGGAGCUGAAGUGGGACACAAUGGGACAAAGAAGAGGAGAAUAUAGUGACCAGUAGAGAUUAUUUUCCCUCCGUUCUCCACUUGAUGUAAUAUAUGCAACUAUCAACGAGUAUGGGACUCAUAAUCUUAACAGGGCUGAACUUGGUUUUUUUUCUAGUAUAAUUUUGCUGAUUAUGCUCGUAGGUUUCUGUUAGAGAACCUUUUCAGCGUGUGUGUGCAUGUGAGUAUGUGUGUUUCUGCUUCUGGGUGGGUGUUAUAUGGUGUUCUAUGCCAAAGAGAUUUUAUGUUGUAAUGAUAAUCAUGUAGCUUCCUUUUUUUUUUUUUUUU